AUAUGGGGAAAAACUAUGAUCUGCCACUAAACUAGAAGAAGAAGAAGAUCUCUGCAUCCGGUACGUCACGGACUAGGUCACGUGUCCUGGCCACAUAACGCGGAAGCAAGUCGCUCCUGUAUGUUACCAUGCGCCACUGAGCAGUUUGCAUAGGAAUGAAUGGGCGGCCAUUUUCCAGUCCGUGGUCCAUCCUUUAUUAUGUACAUGAUCUGGCAGCCGAGUCAAUCCGACACCCAUGUCUGACACCCACACCCAUAGAUAUAUAUAUAUUAACUAGAUGCCUCGUCCGCGGUGCUGGCCAAUGGAGUCGAACGUCACCACUGGUGGCCAUUUUACCACAGUAAGCUGCUCACCAAUAACAUUGUGUUGGUAGUGAUUCAUGUACUUUUUAAAUAACCAUAACUUGCUCAAUUUUCAACAGAUUUUCAAACGGUUUGGUUUGUUAUAAACAUCAGAGAUGUAGGUAUGGCAGUGCAUACUUAUGAAUAAUUGUUAGGUUCUAAGAAAAAUAGAAUAAGGUUCUAUUUUUCAAGUCCCUGCCAGACCUCCAAUUCGGAGAUGUUUACAUUUAUCUUGUGGAGAAUCCCUCCCCUUACACAGCCGCCAGGAUGAGAGCAUACAAAAGUACGGACAGUUAUAUGUAUUUUCAAUCUGGAUGGGUCAAUAAUGCUGCCGUUUGGGAGGUGAAGGACAAGAAAUUUUUCAUUGUCAAGGCGAAGGUGAGUGUUAAUUAGCGUUAUCUAACUUUGAUCUGGGUUGUUAGUAUAAGUUCACUUUUUCAGUCAGCAUUCUAGGGCAGUAGUGACAAUGCAUGAAUAUUUUGGUUAGGUUGACACAGUCCCUUAUAACAUAAAGAUAAUCAAAACGUUCUCCCUCCCAAAUGUCAGGUAAACCAUUUCUACAGGUUAAAUGACUCCCAUUUGACAGCUUGGGUUGCUGUGGAGAAAGAGGGAUUGGUGCGAUUUGGCCACUGCACAUGUAUGGCCGGUUUAGGGGAAGUGUGUUCACAUGUAGGUGCCAUACUCUACGCUUUGUUAGCAGCUGUGAACAAACUGAGUGGCACUGCAUGCACUGAUAAGGCCUGUAGCUGGAACGAGCCUAGUAUGGCAGCCAUAAAGACAGUAGUGUAUGCAGAAGGGAGCCAGAUAGGUUUCACAAAGGCCCAGAGAAAGAGAUCUGCUGAUGGUUGUGAUGACCUCCCCCCGGUCAAGAUUCCACCUCCAACCCAAGAUGAAUGCACAGCACUCUACAGUAUGCUACAUUCAUCAGAAAGCACUGAAAAGCAACCGGUCAAAAGUUCAAUUUUGUCUGUUAUCCCUGGCCAUGCAAAGAGGUAUAUACCUCGAGCAGUGCAACUGAACAUCCCAGCACCCUUAAGCCAGAUGUACAAGCCCCAGCACAGGUCACUGUCACACCAAGAACUGCAGGCAAAGAGUGAGGAAGUGUUCACAGGGUUAAGCAUAACGGAAGAACAGUGCCGUGUCAUAGAAAAUGAGACAAGACCACAGGCAAAAUGUGCCAUGUGGUUUGACCAGAAGGCAGGAAGGGUGACUGCGUCAAACAUCCGAGCAGCCUGCCACACGGACCCAGACAAACCAGCUGUUUCCCUGCUGAAGAAACUGUGCUAUCCAGUGGCUUACAAGGACCCAAACAACAACACACCACACUCUCUCAGAUGGGGCACUGAACACGAGGGAACGGCAGUUGAGGAGUACACCAAAACAAUGGAGAGCCACCACACCAACCUCACUGUCAGGAAGGGAGGCCUGGUCAUUAACCCUCAAUAUCCAUGGUUAGGGGCAUCCCCAGACGGCAUAUUAACAUGUGACUGCCAUGAAAUGGGUGUGUUGGAAGUAAAGGCACCCAGCAGUCUUGAUGAUAGCACAUUGGGGGAGAAAAGUAAACAGGACAGCACGUUCUGUCUCAAAGAGGUUGGCGGUAAACUUUUCUUAAAGAGGGACCAUCAGUACUUCUAUCAGGUGCAGACACAAAUUCAUCUGACACAAGCAAGCUACUGUGACUUUGCUGUCUGGGGACCGGGGAAAGGAGGGAAUGGGGAAAUGCACAUUGAGAGGAUUCUGCCCGAUACUGACUUUUUUGAGUCCAUGUGUGAAAAGGUUAGCAAAUUUGUGAAGAAAUGUGUCAUCCCAGAGCUUGUAGCAAAGGUGUUCACAGCUCCUAUUCUAACAUCACAUGACAAAAAAACAUCUGAAGGCAAGGGCUGUUACUGUGGGGUCCCUGUAUUGCACAAUGAAGACAGACUUGAGUGUAAGUCAGGAAUCUGUAAAAGACAACUCAUUCAUAGAAGUUGCUUAAAGUUUGACACCACACAUUUAAAAAUAUCAAGUUGGAAAUGCAUUUACUGUAAAAGUGAAAUAGCUAAAGAGAAGAGGGAUAACAAAAAACAGAACAAUCUGAACAAAGUGUAAGUGUUUUAUUCAACACGGGUGUGUAUAGAAAAUAUUUAGAUAGAUGUAUAUAGACAGAUAUAUAGUACAGUUUUGUAUAUAGAUGUAUAUAAUUACAUAUAUACAUACGCACAGUAGUUUUGUAUAUAGAUGUAUAGUUACAUAUUUACAUACACACAGUAAAGUUUUGUAUAUAGAUGUAUAGUUACAUAUAUACAUACACACAGUAGUUUUGUAUAUAGAUGUAUAUAGUUAGUUACAUAUAUACAUACACACAGUAGUUUUGUAUAUAGAUGUAUAGUUAUUUACAGGGUUGCCACUCUUUUGUAAUGUUACAUUUCAAGGAUUUUUCAAUCACUUUACAAAAACAAAUAAUUUAUUACAUUGGGACCAAUAAUUCAUAGAAUUUUUUUGUAAAAAGGUAAUAAAACACUAAAAUAUUAAAAGUAUGAAUUCAUUUUUGUCACUGUCCUUAUUUCAUUGAUGGAAAUAACAGUGACUUCACUGUUAUUAAAGUUUCUUCUCAUGUUCAACCCAAAGGAAUAAUUGAAGGAGCCAAAUUUGUCAGUGCACAGCACACACAGACUAUUUUAUCUAGAGGUGUAAGACCUUCAGGAUGCUCAGCUUCACACAUUUGAAUCCCAAUUGUACUUUGAAGUAUGGUGUACCGAUUCCUUGCCUCACCGAUAACUCUUUCCACAUGUAUCCUAACUGAUGCAAGUCCUCGUGUGGACUCUAAUUCCACUGGACCCAACUGCUUUUUGCCUCUAGUGAAAGCUGGGAUCUUAAGCUCAGCAUUGUACAGACCAACUGAGUCUGCCACAUCAAACCCUCUAUCAGCUAGUAUGACAUCACCUGGGUUGAGGUGAUCCAAAAAUCCACUUCUUUCAGUCAAGUGUUUGUCUGAUGUUCUCCC